UAGUCGAUUGUUGUGUUCACGGCAGGCUCUACCUACGUAGUGUAUAGAAUGACUGCAACAGAAAUAAUUGUAAAUAACUACACCUUAGAAGCGGAUAUAGCAUGGCAUUGAAUAUAUAAAUAAUUAAAAGCAAACCAGUUUCAAAUUUUAAGUAGCACAGUAAAAAUAUGUUUGAUGUGUAUUAAUCUGUAUUUGAGUUUUAGAUUAAUAAUGGGUAGUAGUAUACUUGAUACUGAGAUAAGUAGAUUAAGUCCUUCGUCGGAACAACAAGAUGGAAGAAACAGACCCACAAGCUAUUACGAGAAUACCACAUCAGGAAUAUCAAAUACCUCACCAUUAAAUACUAUAAGAAAUGAAUCUAAGGCUGAAAAAAUUCCGUCCCAAGUAGACUGCUUAAUUACUACCGUUCCACAGAAUAUUGCAGGUCAAAAUAUUGCAGGAAAACACACUCCGACCAGAAACAGCUUAAGGCAUAGUCGAAUGAUUGUACUUAAUAAAACUGGAAAUGUGUCUGUAAAAUAUUUGCCAGCAGUUGUACUACACUACAAGUUUAUAAAAUCAUUAUUAGUGUUAAUUACAUUUCUUGGAAUAGUAUUGUGCACCCUAUCUGUAUUGCUAUUGAUGUGCACGCCAAAUAUAAGACCAAGGGAUAAUACAUAUUGGAGCGCUAUCCCAGUGCUCGCUUCAGGUAUUGUUGGGUUAUUUUAUUUAUGUUUUGUACCUAGAGAGCAUCCUACAAAUAGGCUUACUUACUGGACUAAGUCUUUAAAGAUUUUAUCAACAUUAACCAGCCUCGUGGCCGCUGCGGCUUCUUUCGUUAUAUGUGUGUUUGCUGUGCUACAUUCGGUAUCACUAGCUAUGAUGACAUGUGCACCUCCCGAUAAGGUGAAUACCAGCUGUGUAUGUACAUUAAACUCUACCACAGAAUCGUUAGUUAUCAGAAGUUACCAUUACAUUGAUCUGAGUUGUUCGGAAGUAAAUAUAUUAUACAUUAUAGUAAUCAUCACAAGUAUCAUCAACGCAGCGGUAGGAGUAUGCGAAGUGUUAUACCUGUACUUGCAGUGGUGCAGAAGGACUUUAUACGUUUAUACUAAAGUGCCUGUUAAUAAUAACUCAGAUUCUGUCAACACAAACAAUAGGCAAUAAUUCCGUUUGGUUCCAAAGUUACAUAUCCAAAGAAGUAGUUUUAAAUUUGUGAUGUACAUAUGUAUUGUUCACCAUGUAUUAAUUUAUUAAGAGAUAUAUUUUUGAAAAAUGUAGUUU